AAACGAGAUAGGGAAUUUGAUAAUUGGGAUUCAAAUAAGUUUAAUAACGAUGAAGAAACUGAAAAUGUUAUCGAAACAUUUGGGGAUUUAUUUUGUGCUGAUGAUGAAUAUGCCCUUGGUCAUUGUGUAGCAGAAGAUAUGAAUAUGGGAAAUGGGAUCGCUACCGAGUUUAGGAACAAAUUUAAAAGGGUUGAUGAAUUACUGGAACAAAGAAUACGACAAGGUGAUGUUGCAACUUUGCUUGUUGAUAAAAGAUACGUUUACUAUCUAGUAACAAAACGAUCUUCAAAUGGAAAACCAACAUACGAAACUUUGUUUCGAUCUUUAAGAAGAAUGAGAGAACUGGAUAAGGGCGUUAAAAAAAUCGCGCUCCCAAGAAUAGGAUGUGGUUUAGAUGGGUUAGAAUGGACUUAUAGCUGCGUCUGA